GACGUUUACAGACUUCCGCUACAUUCAAGGGCACCGCAAAGUCCCGCUGGUGAAAUUUAGCUACAACAACACACGUGUGCUGCCAAAUACUUCACUAAAGUCGUGGUUUUGAGCUAGAUUCGGGUGGACAUGGACAGCUUUGGGUCAGACUUUUCAUCCGGAGGUUCUGGAGGUAAAAUGGACACCGGAACCAUCAUGGAGCAGGUUAAAGUCCAGAUCGCGGUAGCUAAUGCACAAGAGCUGCUGCAGAGAAUGACUGAUAAAUGCUUUAAGAAGUGCAUAGGUAAACCUGGGAGUUCUCUGGAUAACUCUGAGCAGAAGUGCAUCGCCAUGUGCAUGGACCGAUACAUGGAUGCCUGGAACACUGUAUCCCGGACGUAUAACUCCAGACUACAGAAAGAAAGAGCUCGCCUGUGAGCCUCCUUCCCGUCUGCCUUCCCCUGCUGUCUGUGAGGAUCUGCUCGGUGCUCCGCUGGAGGUCACAGGCUGUCCACACAGCAGCAAUCUCUGCCAUAAAACCUCCAUGACAGGCAAACAGAGCCUGUGGACUCCUAACCAUAUUGGUGUCUCUGUGGACAGUUUUACUCUAUAUUUGAGGGGAAAGUCUCUAAAGUUUCAUUAUUCCUUCCUGUAGGUUUUACAGCUGUAGUGCUCAUAAAACAGGGAAGUUUGUCAAAAUAACAUGGUGUCACAGAUUGCUUGGACAUUAAAGUGCAGAUUUAGUUUUUCUGUUAUAAGCAUCCAUAAACAUGACUCUUUAUUUUAUUUUUUGUAAAUCCAUGCUGAUGCAUAUUUAGUUUGAGUUAUACUAAAAUAAAAUAAAAACAGUACACUAUUGGUAUAAAGUUUUCCCUUUAAUGAAUUUAUUGAAUCCUUAAAGUUUUUCUGUAAAAAUUCUUUUUACUUCAUACAGGCAGUGUUUUUUUUGUAUGUCGCAGAAACGUCCACAUUUCUUUGCAGAAAAGUGGUUUAGCAGGCAGCCAUUACUGCGUAGCAAGUGACUCCAAACUUCAUUCAUGCUGCCCUUUUUGUGUGUGUGUGCAAGAAACCCCUGCUUUUAAUGUUUCCCAGUGAGAUUAAAAACUUUUUUUUCACUC